UCUAUUCCAAAGCGCACCUUAAGAAAAUGCCUGUGUCUGACGUGAUUGGCAAAGACAUUAUUCUAUCCUUGGUACCCUGCCGUUCCGGGAUUACAGUGACGUCACGCUGAUAUCCUUGCAUGGAUGAAUGCUAAAGAACUAUAGAGCCACAAAUAAUAGCACAAGCAGAGUCCAUAUCUUGCAAGUCUUACGUUAUCCUUUAAGCCUCCUUCAGCUACCACAACAACUUUUUUCCGCUUAAUGAUGCUUAAUUUCAUUUCUCACCAGCUCCUUUGGGGGGAUUAUUCAUUCAUAUAAAACAAUCUGCAGCUGGUGCCAUCCUAAAGUCUCCCUCCUAUGACUGAAGUCAUCUAUUAUUGAGCGAAAGGCCGUGCGUGGAAAUGUGUGGAAGACGGUGGAUUUGAAGUAGAAUUGCAAUCGAUCAAGGGUGAAGAUUAUUGCUGAUGGUAACAAAAGAAGCAGCUAUGUCUUUCUCGCAGUUUGGAUACCCUUACAAUGCAACUUCACAGUUUUUCGUGUCGGCAAACCCCAGUACGACUUGCUGCGAUUCGAUUUCCAGGUCGGUCUCUGACGGGACAGGCGGCUCUCAGAGCGCCGCAGCCGCCGCCGCCGCCGCUGCCGCAGCCGCCGCAUCCUUCUGCUGCCCGUCCUACGAGAACCGGCUCCUGGCGAGCAGCCGCACGGACCUGAACGCAGCGCUGGGGAUGUACAGUUCUCCGUACGCAGCAGCGGCCACCGCCAGCCAGAACUACGCCAACUAUUUCCCCUACGGCUCUGACACAUCCGCGAUCUACUCCACUCUGAAUCCACAGUAUGAAAUUAAGGACAGCGCAGGAACGUUACACUCUGGCAUCACUCAAACUGCAAGUUAUUAUCCAUAUGAUCAUUCGUUGGGACAGUAUCAAUAUGACAGAUACAGCGCAGUCGACUUUAACAGCACAGCAAGACGAAAAAAUGCAACUCGUGAAACUACCAGCACUCUGAAAACAUGGCUGUACGAGCACCGCAAAAACCCCUAUCCUACAAAGGGAGAGAAGAUCAUGUUGGCCAUCAUCACCAAAAUGACACUCACUCAAGUGUCCACCUGGUUCGCCAACGCCAGGAGGAGGCUAAAGAAGGAGAACAAAAUGACCUGGUCACCAAAGAAUAAGGCCAACGAUGAGAAGAAGGAAGAUCUUAAGAGUGAUCCAGACUGCAUCACCAAAGAUUCCAGUGAUUGCAAAGAGGAGAAGGAUUUGAAUCUGAGUGAUCUGGAUGACAUAGAGGAGGACGACAAGCUAGACAGCGACUGUGAAAAGGUGCCUCCAGACGAGCACGGCCUCCACAGGCUCAUGACAAUAUCGGGAGCAUCUCAGAAGAGAGACGGCAGCUCAGAGCUGCACCUGAGUUUAACCAACACCUUCCACACUUUCCCCUGUGCCAUCAAGAGCAUGUCCGGCCUCCAUCCUCUCCCGUCUGACUUCUUGGAUCCUGUGGUGUCCAAGGUGUCGCCCUCGGCUAUCCCCACAGGAACAGUGACUUUGUCAGAAUUUGAACAGUCAGAAAAGCCACGGAUUUGGUCCCUGGCUCGUACGGCAGCUUCUGGGGUCAUACUGAGCCCUCACCACAGCUCUGAGCUGAGGACAGGCAACUCGACUGGAGACUGCCAGCUCCAGAGUGCCGGGCUAUCCGGCACUUUUUCUGGACAGAGUGUGAGCAUGAGGGGGCUCCAAGAAUCUAACAACGUCACCAUUGCUGAGAACUCCUUCCCCGAGGGCCCUCACUUGCACUCAAAAAUCUAUGGCUCUGGCAGCUACAGUCACAAGGGCCUCCAGCUGCACUGCUCCUCCUACGCUGCGCUCUCAGACACAUGCCAGUACGCCGCGAUUGAAGGAUUCAGCAGAAAAGUGGAGACGCAGUCAUCAGAUGUCAGUGAAGCCUGUGGCGCCGUGCAGGAUGACAAGGUCACCACGUUUAGAGCGGUGAUGAAAAGGUGAAGCAGAUUGCUGGAAGCUGUAUCCCAAUAAUACCAAUAAUGAAUAAAAGGUGACAUUUAUUUAUGCACUGAAGGACUCACUGGCCUCGAUAAGACACGUGGAAGCUCCGUGGCGCGUUGCUGCAGUGAGAGCAGCAAUUCAAACUGUGGACUUGGCUUGUCUUGUUUUUUGCACAAUUAUGGUUUUUAUGAUAUAAAGGACUUUAUGCAAAAAAAAAAAUAAAAAAAAAUCUACAUGCAAAGUUUCGAGAAUGGCCAAAUAAUUGAGAGGAAAAAAGAAAGAAGAACCGGCUGCAUUUGUGGGUGGCAUUUGUGCAGUGUUGAAAACGUAUUUAUUUGUGUAUUUAUUAUUUUGCUAUGUCCUCUGUUGGUUAUUUAAUGUGUUUAAUUUAACGGUUUGUCUCUCCUCCUUUGUUGUAUGUUUGAUUGUGGUUUGGUGUCGUUUUGCGUGUCGGAUGUUGAGGAUGUCGCGCGCGCAUCUGGACAUGUGUUCAAAUGUAACCUGAUGAUGUGUUCUGGGUUCAUUUUUAUUAUUAAUAAUAAUAAUAAUAAUAAUACAUUUUUCCUAUGUUCAAGAGCUUCAAUCGUCUGUGUCGUGCUUAUUGUUGGAGUUAAACAUCUGAUUUGAUU